AUGAGUCCGACAGAAACAGACACAGAGACGUGCACGAGGCUGUUUGACAGAAGGGAAGCAGAAGAAAAACCACAUAGUGUGCUUCUGGUGUGUCUGUGUUGUGGUGUCUGUGUGGUCGUAUCUGUAGAGUCUUGUGUGGCACUGUGUGAGUCUGUGUGGCUCGAGUUACCGUUGUCGUUGGUACAGUAUGUGGAACCCGAGAGCUCCCUGUGGGUCUGCUCUGUCAUCGUCAGGAGGUCGUUAGCGUCCUCGGGCUCUGGUUUCCCCCCUGGACUCGGGUCUGAGGGGAGCGGAGAGGACGGAGGACUCUGUGGGGCCCGAUCAAAGGGACACAGCUUUUAUCAUCAGCGAACGGCACAAGGACAAGUCCUUAGUUCUGAUCACGAGUGUUUCGCUUCCCCCAAGUCUGACCCCGAGUCUGGCCCCGAGUCUAGCCCCGAGUCUAGCACCGAGUCUGACCCCGAGUCUGGCCCCGAGUCUAGCCCCGAGUCUAGCACCGAGUCUGGCCCCGAGUCUGGCCCCGAGUCUGCCCCCGAGUCUAGCCCCGAGUCUGGCCCUGAGUCUGGCCCCGAGUCCUGCCACGAGUCUUGCCACGAGUCUAGCCCCGAGUCUUGCCCCGAGUCUGGCCCCGAGUCUGGCCCCGAGUCUAGCCCCGAGUCUAGCCCCGAGUCUUGCCACGAGUCUUGCCCCGAGUCUGGCCCCGAGUCUGGCCCCGAGUCCUGCCACGAGUCUUGCCACGAGUCUAGCCCCGAGUCUUGCCCCGAGUCUGGCCCCGAGUCUGGCCCCGAGUCUAGCCCCGAGUCUAGCCCCGAGUCUUGCCACGAGUCUUGCCCCGAGUCUGGCCCCGAGUCUUGCCCGAGUCUAGCACCGUUCUCCUCCGGCUUCCUCUUCAACCUGCGGAGUAAGCAGACCUCCGCCUCUGUCACCAACGUCACACACACAAACGCUGAAUCACGGCCCAGCUCCAGCGGCGAGCGGCGAGUGGGAGGACGGACUCUAUAG